AUGGCCUCGGCUGGGCUCAAGACCAUCAUCGCCCUCUCCUUCGUCCUCGCUGUCGGCUUCCUGCUCGUCAUCCUCUCAUGCGCCCUCUUCAAAGUCUACUACCCACUCCUCGUCGUCGCCACCUACGUCGUCGCCCCGCUGCCCAACUGGAUCUGCAGCCGCUGCGCGAACCCCGACGACUUCGUCGAGAGCUCCGGCGCCGCCGUCCUCGACCUCGGCCGCUUCUUCACCGGCUUCUUCGUCGUCAUGGGCAUCGCCCUCCCCGUCGUGCUCGCCCACUCGGACCUCAUUCGCGUUGAAGCCAUGAUCAUGUCCGUUGUUGGCGGCCUCUUGAUCUACGGGACCAUCAUAAGCUUCGGCAUGUUCUUCCAGGAGGAUCACGAGUUUUGA